AUGAGGGGAGCGGUGGUGCGGAAGCGGGUUCGCCGGGAAGGGAAGGCCGCUCCUCCUUCCUCAUCCCCAGCGAAACGGGGCCUACCUUCCGACGAUCUCAGCCGUCGCCGACCGGGGGGCGGCACCAAUGAUCCGGCGCUCGCGGAAGCUGCCGGAACCGCGGCGGCGGGAUGCGCCGCGCUCUGCUGCUGCUGCCCCUGCGCCCUCCUGAACCUACUCUUCGCCGUCGCGCUGAAGCUUCCGGCGGCGCUAUUGCGGCGGGCGCUGACGCGGCGGCGGAGGAAGCGCUGGGCCAGAACCGGCGCUUGGAAGACGAAAGGCGGCGCAUUUCGCGACGGCGACGACGAUCUCAGACAGCGUGAUUGGGGACUUAGUAGCGAGGGGACGACUUGGCCGGCGAUCUCGCAGUGCCGGGAGACAGCGGAGCUGGAAAAGGAGAUGCUGAGCAAGUUCCGGAGCGCCGGAUUCUGGCGGAGCCUUUCGCGCAGCCAAAGGGAGUGA